AUGGAGGGCGAGAGCACCUCCGCGCUGCUCUCGGGCUUCGUCUUCGGCGCUCUCUCCUUCCAGCACCUCAGCACCGACUCCGACACGGAAGGGUUUCUCCUUGGAGAUGUGAAAGGUGAAGCCAAGAACAGCAUCACAGACUCCCAGAUGGAUGAUGUGGAAGUUGUCUACACCAUUGAUAUCCAGAAGCACAUCCCAUGCUACCAGUUGUUCAGCUUCUAUAACUCUGCAGGAGAGCUGGAUGAGCUUGCUCUGAAGAGAAUCCUCUCAGGCUGUAAGAAGAGUGUCAUAGGCUGGUACAAGUUCAGGAGGAACACAGAGCAGGCCAUGACCUUCAGGGAGAGGCUGCUGCACAGGAAUUUGCAGUCCCACCUUGCCAACCAGGGCCUGGUGUUCCUCUUGCUGACCUCCAGUGUGAUGACAGAGAGCUGUUCCACCUACAGACUGGAGCACGCCUUGCACCGCCCUCAGGAGGGUCUCUUCCAGAAGGUUCCUUUGGUGGUGACCAACUUGGGGAUGGCAGAGCAGCAGGGCUACAGAACUGUAUCGGGGUCCUGUGUCUCCUCUGGAUUUGUGAGAGCAGUGAGACAGCACAGGUCAGAGUUCUUCUGUGAAGAUGGAACCUUGCAGGAGGUGCACAAGAUAAACCAGAUGUAUGGCACCUUGCAGGAGGAGCUGAAAAAGUUGUGCUCCACAGUGGAAGCCAGUGAGCGGUCUGUUGAGAGACUCCUGGCAGAGGUCAGCCACUUGAAAGAAGAAAUAAAGAAGAGGAAGCAGCAGAGGGGCCCAGGUGAGUUCCAGAAAUGCAAAGGCAGAGAGUCCCCAGGAGAGCCAGUGGAGAACAUUCUCCUUUGUCAGGCUCUGCAGACGUUCUUCCCCAAUUCUGGCCUUCAGACCUGCCUGGUUUCCUUCCAGGGCCAACAGCUAGCCAGGAACUGCUGCACCACUGACCACAACAUCAAGGUCAGGGAGCAGCUGACCCUCAUGGUGGAGCAAAGAGACUGCCCUGAAGCUGAAGCAAGACACCUCAGCAAGCGCAAGGGCAGAGGGAGCACGACAGGGGCCAAGGUGGUCAAGAGAUCCAGAGCCCUGCAGCUCCAGCCCAAGCUGCAGCCAGACCCAGAGGACAGUGACCAGGAGAGGAAGCUUGUCCUGAGCAGCACUGAAACAGAUGAGGAGGUGCUGGAGAAAGGGAGGGACACAGAUGAACGCUCACAGUCUCCGACCUUCUGACCUGGCCAGGCUGUGUCCAAGGGACUUUGCACCACAAGCUGGACUGGAGCAACAGAUCCUCCUCACAUAGCCAUGGGAGGAAGGCACAGUGCAGCUCUGGGGACU